UUUAUUUAAAUUGAUUAAUUAAUCUUUGAAAAUUAAUAAUUGAAAAAUAGGAAAUUAAAAAAAAUGAUAAAAUAGAAUAAAAUAUAAUUUGAAGAACUAGAAGAAUUUAUAAACUCAGAUCUGUAAACUCACACAAAAGCGAAAAUAUUAAUCAUCCAUAAAAUUGAUGAAUAAAGUAUUAAAAGCUUAUCUUCUGCUUUAGCGUAAUGCUCAAAUCUCCUAAAUUUGGAUCUCUAACUUUACUAUACCUAAAUAGAUGACUGUGGUGCAUCAGAACUUGCCAAAGGUUUAGCAAACUGCGCUAAUCUUUAAAUUCUAAAAAUAGACUUUGAAGAAAAUUAAAUUGGUUCAUUGGGCGUCUAAUAAUUAUGUUCUAGUUUAGCAUAAUGCUCUAAUCUCUCAAGUUUAUCUCUCUAACUUAUAAAAAACAAUAUAGGUGAUUAAAAUCUAUCAAACUUAGCUUCUGAAUUAGCUAAAUGUAUUAAUCUUUCAGCUUUAUCAUUAAAUCUUCAAAGAAAUAAAAUAGGCAAUAUAAGUGCAUCAAGUUUUGGUUUUGGUUUAGAAAUGUGUAUUAAUCUUUUAAAUUUAACUCUUGACCUUAGUCGAAAUAGUAUUGGUACAUAGGGUGCAUCAAACAUAGGCUUAGGCAUAUCAAAAUGCGUCAAUCUUUCGUUUCUGAAUCUUGACUUAAGUAAUAAUAAAAUUGGUGAUUCUGGUAUAUCAAAUGUAUGUUUUGGCAUUGCAAACUGUUCUAAAAUCUAAAAUUUAACACUUAAUCUAGACUGUUGCCAAAAUCUUUAAAGAUACAACUCAAUUGUUAAAUCGUAGGGGUAGGGAUAAUUUUAAUUAGGUUCUGCUUUAUCUAAGUGCACUAAUCUCAAAACUUUAGCGCUCAGCCUAAAUUAGAAUGAAAUAGAUUCUAGAUCUGCAUAAGAAUUAGGAAAAGGUUUAGCAAAAUGUGUUAAUCUUUAAGUUUUAAAACUAAAUCUGAAAAUGAAUAAAAUAAAGACUUAAGGUGUAUAAGGAAUAGGUUUAGGUUUAGCAAAGUGUGUUAACCUAUCAACUUUGGAACUUGCCUUAGAAUCAAAUGAAAUUGAGGCACAAGGAGCAUCAGACUUAGGUAAAAAUUUAUCAGAGUGCUCUAACCUCUCAAAUUUGACACUUGAUAUUUGUUCUAAUUAAAUUGGAGUUUAAGGAGGAUCUGAUUUUAUAUCUGCAAUAGCUAAUUGUGCUAAUCUCUCAACUUUAAAAUUCGACAUUAGCAGCAAUCAAAUUAAGAACUCCGAUUCACAAGAAAUAUUUUCUGGUUUUGCAAAAUUUGUCAAUCUUUCAACUUUGGUAUUAUCACUUUGUUUAAAUUAAGUAGGAGCAUAAAUUGCAUCAAAGUUAGGUUAUUAAUUAGCAAGAUGCGCAAGCCUCUAAAAUUUGACAGUUGAUCUAUUGGGUAAUUUCCUUGGAGAAUAAAAUACAUCAGACUUAAUUUAUACUUUAGCAAAGAGAUCUAAAAUUUCAGAGUUAACACUCAACCUAAAUCUCAACCAUAUUGGUGAUGAAAAAAUAUCGGAUUUAGGUUAUGCUUUAUCAAAAUGCAUAAAUCUCUAAACUUUGAAUCUAGGACUUAAUUAAAAUAAAAUUGGUUACAAGGGUGCAAAAGAAUUAGGUUAUGCUUUAUCAAAAUGUGUUAGAUUAUAAAAUUUGGUACUCGAUCUUUAAAAUAAUAAAAUUGGUACUAAGGGCACAUCAGAUUUAAUUUUUAGUUUGGCAAAGUGUAAAAAUCUCUCUAAUUUAGCAAUUAAACUAGUAAAUAAUGAAAUUAAAAACGAAGCUGCUUAAGAAAUAGGUUCUGCUCUAAUAAAGUUCCCUUGCAUCAUAAAUUUGACACUAAAUCUAUAAAGCAAUUAAAUUGAUGAUACGGGUAUCAUAAUAUUAUGCUCUUGCUUGUAAAAGUGUGUUAAGCUCUUAUAAAUUAAGCUCAUGAUAGAUCACGAAGAAGAAUUUGAGCUUGAUAUUUAUAAAAGCAAGAUUCUUAAAAUGAAGAGAUUGAUUGAAUUCUCAUUCUAUAAUUACUGA